AUGCGACCACCUGGGAGAUUGUGCAGGUCGGCUCCGCCGGCGGCGCGGCUCGCCCCGCCGGGCAGCGCGGGCGCGGCGGCGCCCGGCCCCUCCAGGGAGGACGCCUCGUCGGACUCGGGCAGCGAGCCAGGCUCUGGCGACGGCGCCCGUGCUGCCGCGCAGCCGCAGGAGCCCGCCCGUGCGCAGGGGCCCGACCCCUGGCCCACGGCGCGCCGCAAGCUGCGCGCGGCCGUCCGCGCGAUCGCCGUGGCGCCGAGGUUCAACCUCGACCCCGCGUCGCGGCGGUCGUACGAGCUUGACCGCGCUGUAGACGCGAAGGCCGUGGCGCAGAUCGACCUUGACGUCCCGCGGACGGCGGGGUCCCGGGUGCUCCUGCAGGCCUGCGUCGGCAGGAUCCGGUCCCUGCUGCUGCGCUCCCUGGCCGAGGAUCGACUGACCCCGAGCUCGGCUACUGCCAGGGUCUCAACCUUGUCGCGGCGGUGUUUGUGGUCGCAUCUGGAAGCCAAGACGAGGCGUACGCCCGGCUGUCGAGACUGCUGCGGGGCGCCAGAGGCCUCUGGCUGCCCGGGCUGCCCCUGCUCGACGCGGGGCUGGGGGUGUUCGAGGCCUGCGUGCAGGACGGGACCGUGCUUGGUUCCACCACCUCAACGACCAUGGCGUCGAGUCCACGAUGUACUUGCCCCAGGCGCUCAUGACCACCAUGGCCAUGUGGCUGCCACUGGAGAUGCUGGUGAAGUGCAUCUACGUGGCCGAGGAGGACGCUUUGAGGGCUGA